GCCGGCUCAAGCACAGGCCGAUGAAGACUCACCGCGCUCACCGACGCAAACUACGCUUCGCCCCCAUCAAAGACGCCGCCUCAGAGGUGCCCGUCAAGAUUGAGCGUGCUCCCGAGCGGCCUAUAAAGCGACGAAAGCGCCAGCCACGCCCUCGUCGUGUCAGUCCAGCGCCCACACGACACGAGAACGGUCUCCCAGCAGCCACGUGGAGCAAUAUCCAAGAGCAAUUCGCCGCUGCCAAGAGUCUAGGGGAAAUAACGCGAAUUGUGUUGCAGUUCCUCACCGAGCACGAGCACUUGCAGGGCACCUCGCCCGUGUUCCCUAUCUUCGUCCCGUCCAGCGAAAUCUAUACGAUGAAGGGUAGGACGUGUACAUUUCGUCCUGGAGAUGUCUGUCCUGAUGAUCGCUACGUAGUGCCGAGGAAGAGACGUAUCUACGACGUACUGCACGUGCUGGAAGGAAUUAAGGUCAUCAAGCGUGUUCGAUACGACGAGAGGCGCAGGACAAACGGAGGCUACUUCUUGUACUACGGGAGGACUACGGUGGUGCAGCAUCUGGCGGAGAUGAAGAGCAACUCGGCUCAAGUGAUGACGAAUUUCCGAAAAUCUCGUCUCUCAAAGCGGAUCAGCCUCGUGGAAGAAGACAGUGCUCUCAUCAGAGUGUUCGAGGACCAGGCAGCUGCAGGCAAGUGGCCGUGCUUAGUGAAUAUGACAGUCUGCUUCCUGGGCCUGCUGUUUCAACAAGACUACCAAACUGAGGUGAGAUUACCCACCUUAAGUGCCCGCCUGGGUGAAGCGAAGCAGUUUAUUGGUACCUUAUUGCCAAGUUCAUCAGUAGAGGCGCCUUACCGGGACGUGCACCGCCGCGUGUACGACGUGGUAUCCGUCCUGGUGAGCUGCAACCUGAUAGCGACGUCGUCAGUACGGUCCUCCGAGCCUAUGGACAAAGGCUUACGAAAGUAUGUCCGAUUCAACUAUGACAUCUUCACAGACCCUAGGAUCCUGUUUGGUGCACCUGACUCCGUGGAGCAGUGGAAUGACGACGCCAACGACGAAUCGAUGUUUGGUGAUAUGGUGGCCAGCUUGUGUGACCUCAAGAGUCCAAAGCUCGAAGUUCUGGGAACCCACUUGGUUUCUCCUCCGUUGACUUACUGGCAAAAUCUUCUCGGUGAAGCAGCUUCGGUCAACUCGCCGGUGUUCUCACCGGUGGCCAUUCACCCAGCCGACACUAGCAGCAAGACGGGCUUGAAGCGACUGACGUAUAAUGAUCUGCCUUGCAACUCAGGCUCACCGGAAACCGGUGUGAGAUGUCGUGAACCAGAGAAACCAGCACGUCAUAUUCAAGAUUUCUUCUCUCCUCUUAUUAGGUUACCGACAAAGAAGAGCGACUGGUACGAUGAAUCGCUGAAGCAUCUCGGACUGUACGAUGCUCUUCCUGCCGAAGACAAAAUUGACUGGGAGCUGAACAAUCAGUUGAAGGAAAACUAUCGUGAGAUGUGGGGUUGUCAGUAUCCAGGAACACCUUCAGCGUACACACCAAUGAAGGCUCAAGCGCAUCCAUAUUCGGUUGGCAGAAUGGAGACGAAGGUGGCAGAUCUCAAAUACCGCGAAAUACUGGAUGAUGACAUCGAUGGGAUCACUACAAAUUUCUUCUGCUGA